AUGGCCGUCGAAGAGCCCGUGUCCGUCGUCGGCGCCGACGCCGCCACGCCCGAGGCCGAGGCCGCGCCGCGGCAGCGGCAGAGCGUGGCCCACGCGACGGCGUCCUUCGCGAGGCUAGCGCCGGCGUCACGGCGUCACGGCGGCGUGAGCGUGACGGCGUUCCACGCGCGGCCGCCGCCGCGCCUCGAGGCGCCGCCGCCGGGCGUCUGGGCCCCGGCGCCGCUGCCCGCCGCGACCGCGCCGCCGCCGGCGCCGGCGCCGCUCCUCCCCGAGCCCGCCGCGGAGCAGCUGCCGCCGGCCGUCGGCUCGCGCGUCCGCGUGCACACGUUCCCCGAGAACGACGACCGGCGGCCGCCGGCCUGGUUCCCGGCGACGGUCGUGCGCGUCGACGCGCCGCCGCCGAAGCGGCGGCCCUCGGCGGGCGCCGCCGCGAAGCGGUCGCCGCGGAAGAAGCCCAAGGGCGCCGAGGUCGAGAUCCGCUACGACAACGACGGCAGCAUCGACGUCCUCCGCUGGCCCGACGACGCCGCGGACGUGCGCGUCGACGCGGCGGCGGCCUGGGACCCCGGCGCCCUCGAGGCCUGGCGGAGCUGCGGCAAGAAGCGGAAGCGCGGCGCGGGCGCGCCGACGGCGCCGCUCGAGGCGCCGCCGCCGGCCGCGACGCCCGCGCCGGGCGCGACGCCGAAGGCCGCGGGCACGAGCGCGGCGGCGGACGACGCGGACACGAAGCAGCUCAGCGGCAAGCAGUUCUACUUCACGGAGACGCGCUCCGAGGCCAAGGCCGCCGUCAAGCGCGACCACGCGGACGCGAGCGACAAGGAGCAGCAGGCGCUCGUCGAGAAGGCGCUCCGCGCGGGCUGGAAGGCGCUCGACGACGGCGCCAAGGCCCAGUGGGCCGCGGACGCGCCCGAGAUCGUCACGAAGCAGCUCAGCGGCAAGCAGUUCUACCGCAAGGAGAAGCGCGCCGAGGCCAAGGCCGCCGUCGAGCGCGACCACGCGGACGCGAGCGGCAGGGAGCAGCAGGCGCUCGUCGAGAAGGCGCUCCGCGCGGGCUGGAAGGCGCUCGACGACGGCGCCAAGGCCCAGUGGGACGCGGACGCGGCCGAGGCCGAGGUCGUCACGGAGGGCAAGAAGUUCUACUUCACGGAGACGCGCUCCGAGGCCAAGGCCGCCGUCAAGCGCGACCACGCGGACGCGAGCGACAAGGAGCAGCAGGCGCUCGUCGACGCGGACGGCGACCGCACGGGCCACUCGUACUACCCGAGUGCCAAGUACGAGCGCGUCCUCGGCACUCACAUCACGGGCCAGUCCAACCACGCGCGCGACUCGCGGCUCGUCCUCACGUCCGCGGACAGCGUCAUCUCCGGCCCCGGCUCCGCUAGCGUCCAACUCCACGACGAAGCGUGCGGCUUCCGCGUCGAGAACCUCGCACUCGACGCUAAGCUAGCCACGGCCGAGGUCAUCGGCCUGCUCAACAAGCGGUCCUACCACCCGGACGCCUUCAGCCCGUCCCGCAAAGCCUUUCACGCCAAAGACCUUACCUUCCCGUGCCUCUAUGCGGACCAGUACCCCUACGUGGACACCAAGUGGUCCGUGCCGAAGAAGCUCGACGUCGCGUUCGACCUCGCGCACGCGGAGUUCGGCAACCAAGGGCGGACCGAGGUCACGGGCGCGUGCCGCGACGACCUGCUGCACAAUGCCGCGGGCUUCACGUCUGAUUACGUCCCAUUUCCUGAUUCUGCUACGAUAAGCAAGCGCUGGUUCGAGGAUCGGCGCGUCUGCGUUGCGCCGAUGGUGCCGGGCGAGUCCGGCCAAACGGACCACCGCGACGCGCGCGUGUGCAACGAGUUCCAGCCGCCGAAGAAGAAGAUCCCGCCGCUGACGAUGGUCUUCGUCCUCUACCUCCGGAAGCUCGCCGACGGCUCGUUCGAGGAGGCGCCCGACGUCGACAUCAAGGACGUGUCUGGCGUCCGCUUCCGCACCGUGCCCCGCACGGGCGAGACGCGGGACACGAGCGAGGACUUCGAGAUCCGCGUGCCGCACGGCGGCUUUUGGGCCAUCUGCGCCCGCGCCAACGCGUACUACACGCACGGCGUGUUCUGCGCGAAGGACUCGAAGCUGCCGCCGGGCGUCUACCGCGUCCCCGUCAUCUUCUCCAACUACGGCCGCGCGAGCGACGACUAG